GUUCAGAGUGUGAGAUCAACUUACGCUGUAAGCAGCAGCUGGCCACGCAUCUCCGGAUGCACUCGGGGUGGGGGUCUUACACAGCCUCGGAGCCCGAGGUGAGCCUUAGACCCAGGCCACGGCUGAAGCCCCAGUCCAGGAAGGCAAAGCUGCAUCAGUGUAACGUGUGCAUGAAGAGCUUCGGUUGCAGAGUGAGCCUGGUGACCCACCAGCGCUGCCACUUGCAAGAGGGACCCAGUGCUGGUCAUCGUGUCCAGGAGAGGUUCUCGCCAAACAGCCUGGUGGCGCUGCCCGGCCACAUCCCUUGGAGGAAGAGCCGGAGUUCCCUCAUCUGUGGUUACUGUGGCAAGAGCUUCAGCCACCCAUCUGACCUGGUGCGGCACCAGCGCAUCCACACGGGCGAGCGACCCUACAGCUGCAGCGAGUGCGAGAAGAGCUUCGUCCAGAAGCAGCACCUCCUACAGCACCAGAAGAUCCACCAGCGCGAGCGGGGCGGGCCGGCCCCAGAACCUGCAGGGCCCAGUGGUCUGCUUUAAGGCUGCCAGCCCCUCGCCCGGCCGGGGGGCGGAGGGGGCUGGCAUUGGUCCCCCCAGAGAGACACUGUGCAGAGUCAGGGACUGACUGCUUCCCAAGGGGAGUCACUUUGACUUGCCUGGCCCGGGCCGGGCCUCUGCCUGCCGUCUUCACCCUGCUGCUGAGUUGGAGUCUCUUUGGCUCCUUCAGGUCUCGGUUUUCCCAUAUGUGCUGAUAGUUGUUGGCUGGGUUGACUGUCUCCCAGGGCCUGGUGACUGGUUCCAGGGCCUGUCCCAGCACUGCAGGUGUUCUGUGGGGUUGAGUCGAGCCAGAGGCAUAAGCAGAGCUCUGGCCCUCCAUUCCCUCUCCUUUUUUUAGUCUCUGUUAAUAACAAGUGGAAAAAGUAAUUUAAGUGGAUUGCUUACCCUGCUCUGAAGAACCUUUUUUUGGAAUUAGAUUUUAGUUGAUUUAAAAAAUAUAUAUAGUCUGACACUUGUUUUUAAGCUUUCCAGUAUUGUAGAAGUUGUUCCAAAUGCGGGGACAGGGCCUGCCCUCCAGGAGGGAAUUGUUCAUGGGGCUCUUUCUGCCCACCUGCACUUGGCUAGGCCAGAGAUCAGGGCAGAGCACUGGGCUCCCUCUUGGGGGGUCCUUGGCAUUCUUAAUUGGGGAUAACUGAAUGAAUGUGGCGUGGGCCCCCCAAAGCCACUGCCGAGGAUGAAGGGGCCUGUAGAGUUGCUGAGAGUCCAGUGCUGCUUGGGGAGUUGAGGCCCCUCGCGGUGGUGUCCUCCCCUCCCAGCUCAGUCCUGGCUGGCUUCUGCUGCCUCCCGUGUAGAAAGCUACUUUGUUACUUAAGGUUGUUCAUCUUGUACCAGUGGUUGUUUGAGUUUGUUCCUAUGGUACCACUUGUUUCUUGAGAUUGUUUGGAUUACACAUUUUCCAAUUUAGUUUUGGGUUGACUGUUUCAGAGGUAAUGGAGAAAAAGCACAAAGAUGCUUGCUUCUCAGGGGUGUUGAAUACCUGCCUCACUGUUUGGGGAGAUGGGAAUGGGCUUCUGGGUCCUAUGUAAGUGACCGCUUUGAUGAUUUGCAGUUGCCUAGAAUAAAACUUGUUGCUACUAGCAAA